GGAGCCGUUGGGGAGGAGGUCGGUAGGGAAAGACGACUAAAAGACAGGUCUCCUCACACCGGUCCAGUGGCCACAUUUGCAGCGUGCCCUUCUGUCGAGAAUCUGUUCCGACGUCAGGCCGAGGCCAACCGUGUGCUGCUGAAAUGGGCUCUGAGCUGGAGAGUGCCAUGGAGACCCUCAUCAAUGUGUUCCAUGCCCAUUCGGGCAAGGAAGGGGACAAAUAUAAGCUGAGCAAGAAAGAACUGAAAGACCUGCUACAAACUGAACUUUCUGGCUUCCUGGAUGUCCAGAAGGAUGCAGAUGCUGUGGACAAGGUAAUGAAGGAACUGGAUGAAAACGGAGAUGGGGAAGUGGACUUCAAGGAGUAUGUUGUGCUGGUGGCUGCUCUCACAGUGGCUUGUAACAACUUCUUCUGGGAGACCAGUUGAGCACAGUCUGUGAGCAGUGCCCUUCCUCUCCCACUUGUCAAGAUUUCCCCUUUAGCGUGCUUGCUCCUCACCCCACCUGUACCUCCCUAUGUCCCCAUCCUUGCCCAGUCUCGACGUGCACCAAGGGCACAAGAGUGGCAGUCCAGAUCUGCCACUUGUUUUAAUAAAGCCUUCUCUCUCACCAGCU